UUUGGAAGCGAGCGAGCGAGCGAGCGAGCGAUCGAUCAGCGGUGGAGAUUGAGCGGGGGGAGGGGGGAGGGGCGAUCGGACGGCUGAGAUGAACGUGGACAAUUUUCGGCUCCCCGAGCAACCCCGACACUCCGGCUGCCCGACUCACCCCGACGAGAGCGUCACCGGCGUCUGCGCCUCAUGCCUCCGGGAGCGGCUUGCCGUCUUCGACCCGGAGACCCGCCGGACGAAGCCCUCCGGGUCCGGGGGCCCGGCGUCGUCCGUUGCGGCCAGCCUCAGGGCUGGGAUAUUCCGUGGGGGACGCGCGGCGGUAGCCGGGAUCGCGCCGGAGCUCCGGAGGACCAGGUCAUUCUCCGUGAGGGGGAGGUCGGAGUGCUCGACGUCGGGGCACGUGGAGCCGCAGAGGAAGUCGUGCGACGUUAGGGUUCGGAACACGCUCUGGUCGCUGUUCCACCUCGACGACGAGAAUGCGGUGGUCGCGAGGGAGGCCUGUGGCGAGAUCGAGCCGGAGAGGAGGUCCAAUGCUGGUGGCGGGGCCGCGGGGUUCGUCCGUACGGUGUUCGAGAACCGGGAGGAGGAGGAAGAGGAGGAGGCGGAGGAGGAGAGGGAGAAGGCGAGGGUGCCGGAGAGGGAGGCGAGGGCUCCGGAGGAGGAGGUCAUGGUUUCGGAAGGGGCGGAUCGGGUGGACGAGUCCUGCGAGAUGAGGACCAUGAAGGCGCACAUAGAUCUCGACUCCAGGGUUGCGGCCGCCACGAAGAAACAACCUACGGAGAGGGGGAAGGAUGCCCCCGGCGGCUUCUGGCUCGCUUCCGUCUUCACAAAGAGGAUCCAGAAGUGGCGGAGGAAGCACAGGAGCAAGAAGCCUGCGGCUGCGGCGGUGGCCUCCUCGGAGAUCACCGAGACGGCGAGGCGGUCAUGCGACACGGAGCCGAGGUUCUCGAUCGACGCCGGCCGGAACUCGUGGGACUUACCGCGGUUCUCAUUGGACGAGCCCAGAGCUUCCUGGGACGGAUACCUGAUUGGCAGGGUCUUCUCACGGCCUAUCGUCUCCGGCGGUGACGAUACAUUUGGCCGAGCCGACAACCUUAUCCCCGUCCAGGAGGACGCGGUUACUCCCGGCGGGGCUACACAAACCAGGGACUAUUACUCAGACUCGUCUUCCUCGCAGCGCCGCCGGAAGAGCUUCUCCAAAAACCAGAAAAUGGCUGGGGAGGAACUGCCGACUGUGAGCUGCAAUGCGCCUCCUAGGGCCGCGUUAGCCAUUUCUGAUGAUUUUCAAGGUAGCGCCAACUUCUGUGAUUACUCUCUGAGGGACGAUUUCUCCGGGAGCUUUGGAGACAUUGGCGACGACUCCAAGCGAUUGAGAAAAUCUCGGAGGUGGAGCAUUUGGGGAUUCAUCCACCGAAAAGCAAAGGAAGACGACCGGGACUGCAGAAGCAACGGCAUUGAGCGCUCGUUCUCAGAGUCUUGGCAGGAGCUACGCCGAGAGGUUAACGGCGGCCAUUUCUCCGGACUUAACCACAGGGACUUCCGGUGUAACAGCAGCGUGAGUUCUAGGAGCUCCCGUAGCCGGGGUUCAUUUGGGGACUACCGGAAUCACGUUAUGGACGUGAAUGGGAGUUCUGGGUUCUCAAAGGCCAGCUCGAACAAGAAAAAGAAGAAAAAGAAAAGAGAUGAAGCUGUCCUGGAUAGAAACCGAAGCUCCCGCUACUCGCCGAGCCAUAUCGACAAUGGGCUUCUCAGGUUCUACUUGACACCAUUGAGGAGCAGCAGGAAAGGUGGAAGCAUGGGGAACGGGAGAGUGAAGAACGCACAUUCAUUUGCAAGGAGUGUCCUGCGGCUUUAUUGAAUUCUUAGGUGGGGAAACUGGAAGAUCAGCUGGUGAAUGGUGAAAUGGGGACAUGGAAAAGAUCAGGUUUCUCCAUUCGGAUCAUGAUUUUAGUGUUAGCCGGUGUAGCUAUGUCAUCUGUCAUUGGAUAAAUUUCUUGGUCUUUUCUUAUUAGAGGAAUAGGGGGAUUAAAUGCUCAAUGUGACAGGCAGCUUCUUGUUUUGGAAGGAUGUCUAUAUGUUCUAGUAAUAUUCCAUGUUAAUAUCAUGGUAAAUAAGAUUAUCCUUGGCUAAA